AUGAGCAGAGAACUUAAUGAAAGAUCACUCAAUAUUAGGAGGGCAAUCAAAAAGACUUAUGUUGGAACGCACUCCAGGUGAGUAGAUCUCGUAAAGCAAUCUAAAAGCGAAAACUCCUUUGUAGAAUUGUUGGACAGACGAAUAAUUCUGAAUAUUGAAAAGAAAAAUCAAAGAAUAUUGGGCGUAAGUAUAUUUGGAGGAAUUGUAUCUUGUGUGGCAUCAUAUAAUUAUAUUCUGAAUGGAACUCACAAAGCUUUUAGAAUAGGAAUCUCACUUAUUUAUUUUAUAGUACCAAUAAAGAUUGGACAAAAUGAGUUUAGCAAGUCUUGGACUCUUAGGAGAAUGCUAACCACAAAAUACAAAACCAAAAUUAAUGAAAAUAAACUUCCAUAA